AUGGCGGCGUUCACGAAAGCGGCCAAGUCGCGGCAGCGGCAGCACCUCGAGCGGGGCCAGCUGGCCUCGCGAAGGGCGCUGGGGCUGCUCGAGAAGAAGGGCGACUACCGGCUGCGCGCCGCCGACUUCCACAAGAAGCGGGAUGCGUUGCGGGCGCUGCGCCGCCGGGCGCAGGAGAAGAACCCCGACGAGUUCUACUUCCGGAUGACCCGCGAGCGGCUGCAGGACGGGGCGCACCUGAUCGGCCAGCGGGAAGAAGAGCCGCCGCCCGAGCAGCAGAAGCUGCUGAAGACGCAGGACCUGAAGUACGUGGAGAUGAAGCGGGCGGCCGAGGUCCAGAAAAUCGAGCAGCUGAAGUCGGAGCUCCACCUGCUGGGAGCCGAGGGGAAGCAACCCAAUAAGCACGUGUUCUUUUUUGACACCAAGAAGGAAGUGCAAGGGUUUGAUGUUGCUCUCCACCUGAACACUGCUCCGGAGCUGGUCAGCAGAGUCUACAACAGGCCAACCCUUGAAACCCUGAAGAAAAACGCUGUUUCGGGGAUCACCACUGAUGGGCAGCUACAGAGAUUGGCCCGCCAGAGGAAGGGUCAGUACAGCCUCUUGAAGCAGCGCAUCGAGCGUGAGCGGAAGAUGUUUGUCAUUGCGCAGAAGCUCCAGACCCGGAAAGAUCUCUUGGACAAAACAGAGAGAGUGAAGUUGAAGAAGGAAACGGUAAAUCAGCCAGCAAUUUAUAGGUUCCAGUUCAGACGGAAGCGCUGACUCUUCUGUGAAGAGUGGAUCUCUUCCCUUGCAAACUUUACAAAUGCUUCCCCCCCCCGCCUUAGCUUUUUACCUGGUACCUGUUCAAUAAACCCAAUAACAAUG